CUGGGUCAGGUGUGGCAUCUUUGGAUAGGUUGGGACGGGGAGUGGAGAGUGAUGAAAAGAAUUAUGAUGCUAGUAAAUGAUUAACAAAUGAAUACUGUCUUAAGUUUCCUACCAACUUUCCUUAGCCGGGCCUCAGACAGUGAGUGCCGGGUGCAGCAGGAGGCGCUAACUCUCCCCUACCCGCUGUUUGUUGCGCUGAACAUUGGCCCGGCGCUCGUGGCUGCCUUCCUUGGCUCUUAUGUGGAGCCCGUGGCUGCCGGCAGGUCAAGUGUUACCUGAAUGGCGCCAAGGUGUCCCGUGUGGUGAGGAUCAAGACCCUGAUGAGCAAGGCCGUGGGGGUGACCUUCCCUGUGCUGGGAGGCCGGGCCGUGGGGAAGGUCAGGUCGUGGGAAGGUCUGUGGCCGUGAGCUGACCACCAAGAUGCUGCUGCCCACGGUGCCGGCCAUGGCCAAGGGCAGGGUGGCCAGGACUACAGAUGAUGGGCCACUCCUAGACAAAGAGGACCUGGACACACUGUUCUGCGGCACCAGCAGCAGCAGCCUGCACAUCCAUGGCCUGCAGGAGGAGGACGAGGGGACGUACAGGUGCCGGGUGGAGAACAGGGACCUGGACACACUGUUCUGCGGCACCAGCAGCAGCAGCCUGCACAUCCAUGGCCUGCAGGAGGAGGACGAGGGGACGUACAGGUGCCGGGCGGAGAACAGGAGGACUCUGCUCGACGCCGUGGCCCACAUACAGGUCCAAGUUGCUCCGAGGUUUCUGAGGCAGCCGGCCAACGCUCUCGCCUAUGAGAAGGAGAACGUGGAGCUGGAGUGCAGCGUGUACGGCCAGCCAGAGCCCUCGCUCCACUGGCUCAAGAACGGCGAGCUGCUGGUGGAGACGGAAUACCUUCGGAGAACGCGUCCAGAACGUGAGUGCAGCUCCUCCAGCGAGGGACGGGAUGAAUACAAGACCCAGAUCAGCAACCUAAGUCCCGGGAGUAACUACAUGGUGCGGUGGCGGCCCACACCUCCGGCGGCCUGGUGGGCGCCUCCAUACACGAGGUGCGGGUGUUCACCAAGCCGGACCUGGACCUGCCCUCCGCCUCAGAGUCUGAAAGUUGUCUCCACCUCACCCACCAGUCUGGAGGCCACUUGGUCGCCGCCCGUACUGGCCAAAACGCCCAUCACGGGAUACACCAUGUUCUAUACGCAGUUUUCUCCUCAGGUUGGGUCAGCAGAAGAACACGAAGUAAAGGUCACUGGUACGUCACAUGACCUCCAAGGCCUGGACCAGUUCACUGAGCACAGCGUGUGGCUCACCGCCGUCAACAGUAAUGGCGGGGGAGACGCCACCCCGGAGGUCACUGCCAGAACCUUCUCAGACGUGCCCUCAAAGGAGCCUCAGAAUGUGAGCGUUGAGGCUGCCAGCUCAAGGAGCCUCAUCAUCUGCUGGGAGCCUCCGCUGGCCGAGCACCAGAAUGGGAUCAUCACCAGCUGCAAGAUCCACUACAAAGAGCGCGGCGAGUCAGGUUCCUCCAAGACCAAAGCCACAGACGGAAACAGACGACUCUUUUGUCAUGAGGUCUCCGGGUAA